AUGAAAAAAAAAACCAAGUGCCAACGCAAGAGCUCGUCUUCUGAGCCUGAAGUAGAUGAUGCUGGUAAAAGAGAGCAGCCAGAAGUAGCAUCGUUUCCUGCCUAUCGAGUACCCAUACGCACCGUCAAGUUUUGGACAAAGCAGGAGGAACACAAUUUACCAAAAUACCGUGAGACGCAAAAAAUGACAUUCAACUCCGUGGCUAUGGAGAUGAAUCGCACCGUCGCUUCCGUCAAGAGCAAGUACUACCGACUGAAAGAGAAACAACGUCUACAAUCACAACAAGAUGAAGACGAGAGCCCCGAAUUGUUGUCAACAGAAAAAAUAGCAGCAGCAGCACGCAGCAACAACAACGUGGACGCUGGGUCCGAUAAUGACGGCCGCGACGACAGUAAAAACAUCGAAACGAGCUACCGGACCGGAAAGUCUUGGUCCAAGGAAGAAGAGCAAACACUGGCCCACUAUCGCCAACAGGGAUUACCGUGGAAAGAAAUCGCCCUCAAGAUGGACCGCUCUGUUGGCUCAUGCACUUCCAAAUGGCAGAGUAUUAUAAAAAAAGAAGCAAUGCCAGAACAACAACAGCAGCGGAAACAGCAAGAGCGAUCAUCAUCCGCGCCGCGUCCGCCACCUCCAUCUUCAGCGCCAUCUGUCACAAGCGCUGAUACUACCAAAACCACGAAAAAGUAUACAGAUGAUACCAUCACCGACGCUGCGAACACUCCAGCAUCCAACGCCCCAAGUUUGAGAAGACCCUAUCAGUCUUGGACAGCAGAAGAAACAGAUGCGCUGGUUCGGUACCGUAACAAGAAGCUGCCAUGGGAGGAAAUUGCUCUCAGAUUGGGUCGGAGUGUGGCCUCAUGUCAAGCCAAGAAUCGGCGUCUUUAA